AUGAAGCUUCCUUCAUUUCACAUUCUACUGCUCCUGUUUGUGCUUUCUCAAUCCCUCCAUUGUUGCUGCCAACCUGACCCGGUCACCGACGCACAAUGCACUUUCAACGAGACAACAAAAUUAGGAUACAAGUGCAACGGCUUCCAAAAUUCAUGCACCUCCUACGUUGCUUACAGAUCCAAUCCUCGCUAUAAUACCGCUCUAACCAUUGCCAAUCUUCUUGACUCCGAUGCAUCAUCCAUAGCUUCCCUCAACAACCUAUCAAGCAACACCAAGCACAUUCCUUCUAAUCAAAUCGUUGUUGUUCCAAUUGAUUGUUCCUGUUUGGGUGUUAUCUACCAGCAUCCCGUUUCUUAUGCGGUGCAGAAAGGUGACACCUACUAUGAGUUGACCGUAUUUUCUUAUCAAAACCUCUCCAUUUGCCAGAUGAUAGUCCGGCAAAAUUACGGAUUUGACGCCCUCAACCUCACUAUUGGUGAUGAAAUUUCAGUUCCCGUCUUAUGCGCUUGCCCCACCACUGACCAGAUCGCAGAUGGGGUUUACUCCCUGCUGGUUCUCCCGGUUAACCCUGGGGAUUCACUCGAGUCAAUCGCAGAGGACUAUGGUACGAAUCCACAGACUCUGAUGACUGCUAACCAGUUGCAUUCGAACACUACUAUCAAUAUCUCCACAACUCUCUUAGUUCCCCUCAAACCCUCCUCUUGUAAACUCAAUCCGCAUUUAUUCUACUGCACCUGCUCAUUCUCCGAGAAAUACGAUCCAGAUUCAAGUUCCAACACUCUCAAUUGUGAUCAUAUUCAACCUGAUCCUGAUCCUGAUCCUGAUCGUUUCCCCGUCAAAUUGGUUGCUUCCCUAGGUGUUGGCGUUGGUGUUGGCCUGCUAAGCUUAUUUCUGUUGGGUCGCAAGUUAUAUCAAUGCCUAAAACAAAAGCAAGAAAGAGCUCGCAAGGAAAAAUUGUUCAAGCAAAAUGGGGGCCUCCUACUGCAAGAAAAGAUGUCAUCUUACGAAAAUGGAGACAGAGCAAGACUUUUUACGGCAGAAGAGUUGGAACGAGCAACAGAUAACUACAACCGAAGUAGGUUUCUUGGUCAAGGUGGGUUUGGAACUGUUUAUAAGGGAAUGUUACCAGAAGGUACCAUUGUUGCAGUCAAGAAGGCGAAAGAAAUUGUGAGAAGCCAAAUUGAGACUUUCAUUAAUGAAGUGGUGAUUCUAUCCCAAAUAAACCAUAGGAACAUCGUCAAACUAUUGGGGUGGUGCCUAGAGACUGAAGCGCCAUUAUUAGUAUAUGAAUUUAUUCCCAGUGGAGCACUUUCUCACCACAUCCAUAACCAGGAACUUGAAGGAAAGCUUUCAUGGGACAUCCGCCUCAGAAUUGCUUGUGAGGUUGCUGGGGCAGUGGCCUAUAUGCAUUCUGCGGCUUCCAUUCCUGUCUUUCAUAGAGACAUCAAGACUUCCAACAUACUCCUGGAUCACAAGUACAGUGCCAAAAUAUCUGAUUUUGGGACUUCAAGAUCAGUCCCAAAUGAUAGGACUCACUUAACCACAGUGGUACAAGGCACUUUUGGAUACCUUGAUCCUGAAUACUUCCAGUCCAGUCAAUUUACAGAUAAAAGUGAUGUAUACAGUUUCGGGGUUGUACUUAUAGAGCUCAUUACUGGAAGGAAACCGAUUACCUUCUCUGAAGAAGAUCAAGGUCAGAACCUUGUCUCAGAAUUUAUUGCUUUGAUGAAGAAGGACCAAGUUUUUGAGAUUUUAGAUGCCAGAGUUGUGCAUGAAGCAAGGAAAGAUGAUAUUCUUAGUAUUGUGAAUCUAGCAAAGAGAUGUGUGAAGCUCAAUGGGAAGAAGAGACCCACAAUGCGAGAGGUUUCAGCAGAGCUAGAAGGAGUGAGAAAAACACAAAAUUCUUUACAGAUCACUCGUUGUUCUCUUGAGUUUCCACAAGAUAAAAAAUCAGCUAUGCAUGCAACUCCUGAUUCAGACCAAGAAUCCACAGAAGAAAGCAUGUCACUAAUGUUCCAAAUAGACUCCACGCCCAUCUGA